UCCAAAUUGACAUGGCCCAAUUCGCUCUACCAUUCUCAUAUCUUUCUCGCCUCUUCAGCUCUUCUUCCCUUCCAAGGGGGGAAUUUGAUAAAUAAACAAAUGAAAAGCAGCCGAGCUGUGAAGGGGCUUUUCUGAGACUGACUUGGGUUUCUUGCUCUCUCGUUAAGCGGAUCCGGAAGACCCAUUGGCCGCCAUGGUUCUGUCUUCAUCGUCGGCGAUGGAUCCUUAUGUAUUCGACCCCUCGCCAGCGGUGGCCUCGGCGGUCUCCGUCUCGGGAGGGGUGGCGGUGGCCGCUUGUGCGUCUAUGGCAUUCUUCUACGUCGCAACCCUAUAUUCGCCAACCGUAAUCUUUCGCCUCCCUCCUCCGGCGUCGCUCGAUAGCUUUAUCAUUCGACGCUUUGCCUGCGCUGCUGUCUCCUCCGUCGCCUCGGUCGUCGCCUGUGGGUUCCUACUCGGACUCGGGAGACUCGAUGAUUUUUCAUCCGUUUUGGGUGUUUUUGGUGUCAGGAGCGACCACUUGUGCCAAGCUGUUUUCUUUCCUCUCCUUCUGACUUCCCUGCUGUAUGGAGGAUCGUUUGUAUCGAAGACAUGGAAGUUGAUUGCUUCUCGAAAAGAAAGCAGCAGAGAAAAUUCUUGCAGCGGAUUUGACAUGUGUGUUCUGAGGUGUAUGGAUUGGAUCACUGCUUAUGCUCGGAAUGUCAUGGCUUGGCGUAACUAUGUAGUGGCUCCAUUUACUGAAGAGCUUGUUUUCAGGGCAUGUAUGAUACCAUUGCUUCUUUGUGGAGGGUUUGGAACUUCAAGUAUCAUUUUUCUGACUCCAGUUUUCUUCAGUUUAGCACAUUUGAAUCAUUUUCUGGAGCUUUAUUACCAGAGAAGAUAUAGAUUUACAAAGGCUUUCCUAAUCGUAGGUCUUCAGCUUGGCUAUACUGUGAUUUUUGGAUGGUUUGCAUCCUUUCUCUUCAUUCGAACAGGGAACUUAAUAUCUCCCAUAGUUGCCCAUGUAUUUUGUAAUGUGAUGGGCUUGCCAGUGCUGUCAUGUCCAAGGACAAAAGGGUUAGCAACUUUAGCAGCUGCAGCUGGUGUGCUUUGUUUCUUAUGGCUUCUUUUUCCAGCCACUAGUCCAUAUUUGUACAAUGAUUUGAGAGAUGGCUGCAGCUGUUGGCAUCGUUAUUGCAGUUGGAGUUGAUAUUGAAGCUGGAUGGUUAUGACGUGAUCAUUUUACACACUAUCAAUUUGAUCAGAAACAAGAAAGGUACCUCUAUUCAACCCUGGCUAUAAGAGUUAAUUUUGUACCAUUUUGAUCAAUGUGAUGUUUAAAUUAUUGUGUUAAAGAUUUGCUAGAAAUGAUUAGAAUUCUGAUGUGUUUUCAAUGAUUCGUCUUCCUUGAA